CUGAUCUAGACGUCAGCGAGCGAAUUUCCCAAUGUGGCUUGGUGGGAGGGAGAGCGGGAGCGGCUUGGCCCGUGCCUUUCUGCUCCUUCCCCGGCUCUUGUCUCCGCAGACUUGACCAAAAGUCGCGUUCCACUUUACGCGCUUCAACCUCGUCCGUAUUGUAGAGCGCCGCCACAUCGCCACGAGCAGCAUGGCGAAGCGACGCAGGUCACUCCACGAUGACGGUGGUGAGCAGGCGCCUCCCACGAAAUCAAACCUCGCCCCAAACAAAUCGGCAACUCGUAGAAGAAGCGCUCCUCCUUCACAACAGCUGGGAGGGGACGAUGCGAGCGACGACGGCCGGCGACACCGCACUCCCUCUCCGCCCCCCGAUCUUCCUCCUCACGAGCUUUUCUUCGCCCAAAACCGAGCAGCCAAGACCUCCGCGAACACUCUCAGCUCGGCCGAGGAUCUGCUAGACCACGACGACUAUUUCACCCACAUCUCCGCCUGUCAUGAUAGCCAUGAGAACGACCUACAGCGGCUGAAGCAAUACCACCGCAGAGCAUUUGACCAAUGGGGCUUUGAGUUGAAACAAGGUUUUAAUCUGUGCCUCUAUGGUUAUGGGUCGAAGCGGAAGCUGGCAAUGGAGUUUGCAGAGCAUUUGCACGCUGAGAAACAGGGCAAGAUCGUGGUGGUCAAUGGUUACGCUGCCGGGCUUACAAUUCGCCAUAUUCUGACGACUCUGGCAAGCUCGGUGCUGUCGAAAAAUGCGAAACUACCCGCCCAGCCUGCCUCACUGGCCGAUCUGCUGCUCAAUACCUUGUUGGAGAAGCCGUCUCUACCACACACCACCCUCUUCAUCCACUCCUUCGACCACCCACAUCUACGCAAGCCUGCAACUCAGCUCCUGCUCGCCCGACUUGCCGCGCAUCCCAGCAUAUCGAUUGUGGCGACCUGCGACACUCUCAACUUCCCCUUAUCGUGGGACACUGCACUCCUCCGGCAGUUUCGCUGGCUCUACCACGAUGCAACAACCUUCCACCCCUUCACCGUGGAGGUCGACGUCGUAGAGAGCGUGAACGCUCUCUUGGGCCGCAGUGGGCGCCGACUCGGCGGCAGAGAUGGAGUGGGCUACGUGCUCAAGUCACUGCCGGAGAACGCAAGGAAUCUCUUCCGCAUCUUAGUCGCCGAGCAGCUGGCCUUGACGGACGCGGAGCCGGAGGGAAAUGGUCCAGACGACGAUGAUUUCGAGGCUACUCUCGGCGCGGAAGACGAAGAGGAAGCAGCGGCACAGCAAGACACACCUUCGAAAAGAGGCCGAGGGCGAAAGCCGAGAAAGGCCGCUGUGCCUGUCAAACCCGCAACGACGACUGGCGAAGGAGUGGAAUAUCGCACACUGUACCACAAGGCAGUGGAGGAGUUUGUGUGCUCGAGUGAGCUCAGCUUUCGGACACUACUGAAGGAGUUCAUCGAUCAUUCAUACCUCGAGCUGCGAAAGGACAUUAUGGGGACGGAAAGAUUGGUUGUGCCUUUUCGCCGGGAGGAGCUAGAGACGAUUUUGGAAGAGCUUGUGUAGAAGAUAGACGACUGACGAAUGCAUUGCAAUGGCCCAGCUGGCCCAUCUCAUGAGCAG